AUGUGUUACUUUGACCAAACUCGCUGGGCAUGCGGCUACUGGCGCUGGGGGCACUUCCGUCAGCAGUGCAACAAAGAAUACCGCAUGGGCGAAACUUGCGGCCUGAAGCUUGUCUACGAAACCAGGACCGAAAGAGACGUUUGCAAGCUCUGCCACGACACGGAGAAGAAGCAGCGCAGGUAUGACAAGAUGUAUCGUGACGUUCAGCGCUGGCAGAGGGAGGGCAACCGAAAUGCCACCAUUGAGCGAACGUGUGCUGAGAUGCAAGAAGUCCUUGGUCAGAUCUAUCGUAUGAGAGAAGAGCAUGAUCACAGGCUACAAUCCCUUGGCCAGUGA